CUCAGACACGGCACGGCUCUCCUGGGAGGGGUCGACGCAGCACAGGAAGAGUCUGCUUUCUCCUGAACAACUUUGGCAACUCAGCGAGAAGAAUCAGCACAUGAAAUUUGUGUCAGUUUAUCAGCUACGCUUCUAAAAACCUGUGCCGCUAGGAGGGGAUGCUGGGGGUGGCGGGAAUGACGGGCAGCAUUGCUAAUGCCCUGGCCAGUGCGGCCUGUGAGCGAUGUAAGAGUGGCUUUGCUCCAACUGAGAAGAUUGUCAACAGUAAUGGAGAGCUGUACCAUGAGCAGUGCUUUGUGUGUGCCCAGUGCUUCCAGCAGUUCCCAGAGGGGCUCUUCUAUGAGUUUGAAGGAAGAAAAUAUUGUGAACAUGACUUCCAGAUGCUCUUUGCCCCUUGCUGUCACCAGUGUGGGGAGUUCAUCAUUGGUCGUGUCAUUAAGGCCAUGAACAAUAGUUGGCACCCUGACUGCUUCUGCUGUGACAUUUGCCAGGCUGUGCUUGCAGACGUGGGGUUUGUCAAAAAUGCUGGCAGGCACCUGUGUCGCCCAUGCCAUAACCGCGAGAAAGCUCGUGGCCUGGGCAAGUAUAUCUGCCAGAAGUGCCAUGCCAUCAUUGAAGAGCAGCCACUGAUCUUUAAGAAUGACCCCUAUCACCCUGACCACUUCAACUGCAGCAAUUGUGGGAAGGAAUUGACAGCUGAAGCCAGGGAACUGAAGGGAGAGCUCUACUGUUUGCCCUGCCACGACAAGAUGGGCGUACCAAUCUGUGGUGCCUGUAGGAGACCCAUCGAAGGGCGUGUUGUCAAUGCCAUGGGCAAGCAGUGGCAUGUGGAGCAUUUUGUGUGUGCCAAGUGUGAGAAGCCUUUCCUCGGUCAUCGGCAUUACGAGAGGAAGGGGUUGGCUUACUGUGAGACUCAUUAUAACCAGCUCUUCGGCGAUGUGUGCUAUCACUGCAAUCGUGUGAUUGAAGGCGAUGUGGUUUCUGCUCUCAACAAGGCCUGGUGCGUCAGCUGUUUCUCAUGCUCCACCUGCAACACAAAACUCACUCUCAAAGAUAAGUUUGUUGAAAUUGACCUGAAGCCGGUGUGUAAGCACUGCUAUGAGCGCAUGCCCGAGGAGCUGAAACGCCGAUUGGCUCGACGUGAGCGCGAUGCCAAAGACCGCAAGAAAAAACCUGCUGUCUGUCUGUAGAGUUAUUAUUCCUCACAACUCACCACUCCGUCCUUUGGAACAAGUUUGUUGAGUUUGACAUGAAGCCUGUUUGUAAAAAGUGUUAUGAGAAGUUUCCUCUGGAGCUGAAGAAAAGGCUCAAGAAGCUGGCCGAGUCUUUGGGACGCAAGUGACCUGCUUCCUGCCAAACAACCUGGACGUGUUCCUACUAUCUCUGUGAUGGUAAAUGUCCCAGAGAACUGCUGUAUAACAACACAAGGACCUGGCAUUAUACCAGUACAUCAAUAUUUGUCCUUUUAAGUCUGGCAAUCAAUUAAAAAUAUAAAUAUAUACCACUGUGGUGUUGUCAUAAAGGUGCCUGUUAGCGGAUGGCUUUGUUUCUUAUUUCUUUUUAUACUUAAAUGUUCAUUUUUUUUAAACAUUCCUAAAUUGUCCAAAUUAGUUAAAUUUUCUCUCCUUGAAAAGAAAUUGUUCCAGUUUAUUCUGACAUAACCGUGAGCAUGAUUGCUAAUUGCUGUCUAAAAUUCUCUUGAAUUUAAAAAGAUUGUUGUUUGACAUGAUAUGGAAUUACACAUGUGCCUUGAAUAUAUGAACUUAAAAUGCAAAUAAUGUGAACUACAUGCAAUUAUAAUAGUUAUGCCUUAUUAUGUCUAUCUUAACUAGCCAAAGUAUCUACUGAAAACAUAAUUUUAUCAGCCUGUGCAGCUUUUAUACCUCCGUAUGAAUAAUAACAUAGCAACCACUGUGUUCUUUAAGAUAUUGUAAUGAUGUCUCGUCUUGCUAACAUGAAAAAGUAAAUAAUUGUGUUUCAAGAAAAAUUUAAAAUUAGCUUUAACUGAGCAUGGCUCAUAUAUAAACCAUUAACUCCCCUGGAUAUGGUUAAUAUAAUAAAUGUCAAAUGGUGAUUA